AAUUUUAAAAAAUUUUUUUUUUUCCAUUUCAAAAAAUUUUUUUCAUGUCUCUAAAAAUUUUUUUCUUGUCGUCUCAUAUUAUAACAUUUUUAAUUUUUACAAAUGCAUGCUUCUAAUCCAAAUUCUCCUAUUGAUGACGACGAACAUUUUGAGUUUAUUGACUAUACCGCUGCUUCACAAUGGGAGCGAUUCAUAACAACUGUCGAAGAAGUUUUAAAUGGGUGGGGUGUUAAUGAUGGUCAACUUGGAAUAUUUGACGAUUCAAAGUUGCCCCCUCUUGGCGACAAACCUUCUAUAAAAACGGUCGAAGGAAUUGAUCCUUUUGUAAAACGAGAGAUAAUAAUUCUCGACGAUAAUUCUUAUACUUUAUCAUAUCAUUAUCAUCCUAUAAAAAGGUGGAAUGAAUUUACAAGUCGUUCUUCUUCCGUAAGUUCCACUUCAGAACUUCAACCUCCACCAACUACUACUACCCUUUUCCCUCCAAAUCCUGACCCAUUUUUACCUAGUUCAGAAUUCCUUCCUAUUACUCUACCAAGUACUUCAUUAGACUCAACUUCGAUAAAUUUAAACAAAAUUCAUCGAUGGACGGGUCUAACUCAUAUUUUGGUAUUGACGCCAACAGAUAUUUUUUCAUCCGGAUCUAUUUCAAAUUUUACAAGUUUAGAUCUUAAUACUACAAAGAUGUUAUUAUCUUCAUUUGCAAUUGCGUUUCAUAAUACGAAAUGUAAGCUUCCAGUUUAUGUUCCAACUGGUCAAGUUGCAAAUUCUUUAUAUGCUGGUUACAUGUGUUUAUACAAUAAAUAUGCGAAAAAUGUUAUUGAUGCUGGUGAAGUUGAGAUAAGAUUUAAUACUACAUAUGUUCGUGAUGUUCCAUCCCGUUUUUCACAUUUAGCAGGUUUGACCGAAUUUUUUAUUGAAAAAAUGGAUUUAAAUCAAAUUCCUUUAGAUCAAGUUGAUGUUCCAGAAUUAGACAAAAUGCCGCACCUUGGAAUUGUCGUAUCCGGGUUAUUCACAUAUGAAUUGCAAAAUUUGGAUGAUCAAGAUUGGAAAGACUUUGAUGAUAAUGACUUUCCUUCGAGUAGAAUAAAUGAAGAUAUCUUUAAAGAAUUUGAAGGACAGAAUGGAGGAAUGUUUGGAAAUGGAACAAUAUUUGAAAAUGGAACGUUGAAAGAUCCACCCGGAUUUUCUCAGGAGUUUACUUCAACAGUUGCUUCAGCGUCAAAUUUACCUUUCGGUCCGCAAAAUGAUCAACUUCAAUCGUUGUUGCUCACUGCUUUUUUUCCUUCUGCUCCGAGGGACUCAUAUUUGGAUAAUGACGUAUAUUCAGAAAUGGAUGCCGUACGAGCUCCCAUCUGGAUUUUGGGAUGUAACUUUUACCCUGAAAAUCAGCAAAAUCAAUCACACGCGUCGCUUUCAAACAUGUUGAAUAAUGCUAUAUUCUCUUUCAACAUUAACUGUGCCAAUGAUCUGGCUGAAAAAUCAAAUAAUUUAAAAGGCAAGAUUCGGAAUAAGGUUUUUAGAAAAAGUCAGGUUACUGAUAUACCGGGAACAUUCAAAUUUGAUGAUUUAGCUAGUGAUGCGGCACGAUUCUCUAGAUCGACAGUUGGUGGAAUCGUUGAUAUGGACGAUGUAGAUAUUGAUGAAAUUCUUCGUCGUCUAUUCCAUCCGUUAAGUAGUAAAACAUUUCCAAGUAAUGCCGAACGGAUUAACACGUUGAGUGGGAUUCCUUUAUUAUCAGCAUCAUCAUUAGGUCAUCAUUUUUGCGUCAGAACCGUUCCUUAUAAAUCAUUUUUAUGGAAUCUUCUUGAAUAUUUAUUGGAAACCGUUUCACGUAUGAAUAGUUCUAGUGAUUCAUUUUUGGGAUUUUUGAAAAUUUUAUGGAACGAAAUCAUUAGAGAAAUUCGUUCACAUUGGGAACGAUUUGAGCCUUUACCUGACGUGAAUAUUUAUAUGUCAGAAGAUGAGAAUAUAUCCUCUGUUAUUAAUCAAAAUGGUUCAUUAUCAAUAGAUGAUAAUAAAGUGAAGGAUCCUAUAGUUGAAAUGACCAAUUCUCAUAAUAUUGGCAUAGACAUGAAGUACAAUAUAAUUCAUCAAAAAUUGUGCAUGAUUAAUUGUUGUGUUACACGCAUUCGACAAGAUCAAAAGUAUAACCCAAUUCUGUCCACAAGUCCAAAAAAUCAAGUAUCAUCGAGUAAUUCUUUAGGUUCUUCUGAUUUUAUGUUAAAUAAUAAAAUAAGUAAAAAUUCUCUGAUGGAACAAAAGCAAACGACUUCAGAUCCAUUUGUUCGGUUAUUUGAUCAUAUAACUGGGGAAGAUACACCAGAAGCUUCAGUGAUUUUAGUACCUCCAGUAAAUUCAAAUGGUGCUAGCGCUUCUGAUGUUAUCGCUUUGGACGAAAAAGAAAUAAAAUCUCCUAAUCAUAUUCAUUCAGCAAGUGUUGGAGAAUUGGAAGAAGAAGAAUUCUUUGAUGCAAUUGAGGAAGCAACAACAACUCCUUUAGGAAUACCGAACAAGAAAAAUCCAAAUCGACCGGUUUCUCAACAUCGUCGUUCGCCUUCUUCAUUGUCUCAUAUUCACUCUAAUUCCCCAACAACUUCUUUAUUUUCUGAACAAUCGGAUCAAUUUAUUCAACUUAAUUAUUCAUCCAGUAUGGAUUCAAAUCAAGGAUUUGAAUUUGCGGGUCAAAAUGCAAGCAGAAUGUCCUUUGAUGAUAGAUUUGAUAAAGAACUUAAGGAUGAAAAUGAGAGAGAAGGACAUUCAUACCAUUUUAAUAAUCUUAAAUUAUUAAAAACUGGUGAGCCAUUACUAGUACCAGAAACCCAGGAUAUGGGAUUUAUGACCGAAGAUAUGAUACGUGAACAAGAGGAACUGUUCGAGAAUUUAGGUUCUUCAGAAGAUGCAACUAAAAUAAGAGCCCAAUUACAGUCUGUCCACUUGAAAUCUGAUAUGCAAGCCUUCAAAGCUGCAAAUCCACAUGCUAUAUUAGAAGACUUUGUUCGAUGGUAUUCACCGCGUGAUUGGAUUUCUGACGAGAGUGGAGAUCCAAACAAGGGAACUCUUAGUCCAAGAAUGAAAGAGAAAGGAAAUCUUUGGCAAGAAUUGUGGAGGUCAUCUAAAAGAAUUCCGGCAAGAAGACAGAAACCAUUGUUCAAGUAUACUCGUGAAGCAGAAAAGGCACUUCAUUAUUUGGAACAAUUAUCGGUUAAGGAUCUAUUUAAAGAACUUUUACCUACUAUAUUCCUUAUCGCGUAUGACACAUUAGUCUCUAGAUCUGUUUCCAAAAACAUUAAGCCUGUAACAUCUGGCUUAGCAGCUUUGGCACAAGAGCUGAUUGACUUUCCAUGGAAUGAAAUAGGAUCUAAAAAUAUUGUAUGUGAUGGAUUAAUACAAUCGUUUAGACGGAACGAAAUGCUUAUCGGUAAAGCGAUUUCUCUUUUGCGAAAGUUACCGAAACAAUAUGACUUAGUAGAAAGAUUAUUAGAAAUUCCAGAAACACAAGUUUCAGAUGGAGACGAACGUCAAGCAGUUUAUGAAUUAUUUGCUUCUGGAGCACCACUUAAUGAUUCGUUCCCACAUCCGACAACACGUGAAUUUGUAUUGCAAACAACGUGUCUACGGCCAACCCCAGUUCCAACGAGGAUGUACGUUUCGUUAGAUAAUACUGGAAUGAGAAUCGUAGAUAUGGUUGGAAAAGACACUAUAUUUAUGUAAAAAAAGAGACGAAAAAGAAAAAUGAAAAAAAAAAUUUAUAAAUCGAUAUAAUAAAAUAUAUAAAAAUGUUGUUAUUUCUUACUCUUCCUCCCCCCACAAAAGUAAUAAUAUUAUUAAUGGCGAUUAUUUUUAUUUUUUAUAAGGAGGAAAAAAAUAUACAUAUAGAUAUUUGGGGACUAAAAGUAAUUAAUAAGACAUUUUAUUUUUGUAGAGGCUAGAUAUUUACAAUUGAUUGUUUAUCAAAAAAAGUAAAAAAAUUUAUUUAAACUUUAAAAGAUUAAAAUUUAAUACUGAAUCUGGAUAAUUCAAUAUGGAUUGUAUCUUAUUUUAUUGUGAAAAUUAUAAAAUAAGUGGCUCAAAGUCCACUAAUUAAAGAUAAUAAAAAGAAAAUAUUAAGCCGGUUCUAGAAUCAAUCCAUAAAAAACC